AUGGGCCGACGAUUUGCUCCUCCUGAUCCACGUCCCUCGAAAGCGGAUCCGCACCACAGAGCGAAACGUAAGGAGCUCGAGAAGGAUCACUUCGAAUGGGUUCCUGGCGUCAUCCUUGGUCUCAUGGGCGUCACUCUCAUGAUGAACGUUGAGAAACAAGUUGAGAAGUACGAGCAACGACACAAGGAAAAGGAGUCAAAGGAAGAGGAACAGCGACGGCGCAAGAGGGAGAAAGAGAUCCGCUAUGGCGGAUCGGACCGCGGCACUAGCUACGAUCGAGGCUACGACCGCGCCUACGAUAGGGAUAGAGGCUCCAGCCGGGACGACCGAUACUAUUACGAGCCGGACAGGAAAGAUGAGCGUCGCAAUAGGAGAUACUCGACCUCCUAUUAG